AUGAAAGCUAUUAUGCAGCAACGCGAGGAUAUCCGUCAAAAUCAAGUGUGGAUAGAGAUGUUGAAUACCCCAAAAUUCAACAUGAAAAAGAUGUAUAUGGCAGUUCAUGAUAGAGCUCAAAAGGUUGUGUGGAGAACCUUGUUUUAUGGUAACGUGGCACGACCUAGAGCUCUUAUUACCCUCUGGCAUGCUUGUCAUGAGAGGUUGGCUACUCGCGAUCGCCUUCACAAAUAUGGAGCAAUUGACAUAAUUCAUUCUUGCUUCUGCAAUACGGAGGAAACACAACGACACCUGAUGUUUAAUUGCAGUGAAACAAAGGGUAUUUGGAGAAAAGUCCUAGAUUGGAUCCAGGUUGAUCAUAACCCUUUGGGUUGGCGCCAAGAGAUGGAAUGGAUUAUACAGCAGACAAAGGAAAAGGGAGAUCGUGCUAAGAUCCUGAAGCUGACUUUUACCGAAAGUGUUUAUGAAAUAUGGAGGUAUAGGAAUGCUACUAGCUUUGGUAAUGUUGAUAUGAACCAACAUACUGAUAGCAAAAUAAUUGACACUAUAGUAUAUAGAGGUUAG